AUGUCCGUGACAAAUACAGCCUCGGUGGUAUCGCAGUCCAUGCAGCCAUCCGAGACGCUGGCACGCAUGUUUGACGAUCUCAAGAACAAAGAUAAAGGGGUCCGAAGCCAGGCCGGUAAAGAGCUGGGAAGCUUUGUGUCCUAUAUGCUUUCAGAGCUCAAAGGCGAGCGGCGGCAGGCGUUCCGUGCCGAGGUGAACCGACGCAUCAUGGAGCUUACGCACAGUGCGCAACCGGCCAGCAAGCUUGGUGGCAUCACAGCCAUUGACAACUUCCUCACGCUCGAGAGUGAGGACAAUAGCGCACGACUUUACCGUUUCUACCAAUACCUCAAGCCCAAUUUGCCGUGCACGGAUGCCCAGGUCAUGGUCGCUGCGGCUCGUGUGCUAGGCCGCGUAUCCAAGUUUGGUGGCCAUUCCCUUGGCGACCAAUUCGUGGAGUUCGAGGUUCAGCGUGCGCUCGAUAUGCUACAGGGCGAACGCAACGAGAAUGCACGGUAUGCGGCGGUGCUUAUCAUUAAGGAGAUUGCGCGCAAUGUGCCAUACCUCUUCCAUGUCUAUGUGAGCCGCGUGAUUGAUCAUAUCUGGAUUGCGCUACGUGAUCCGAAAGUGGCUGUCCGCGAGGCAGCUGCCGAGGCGCUAGGCCCUUGCUUCCAGAUCAUAUCGGACCGUGAGAAGCAGAUGGGGACACAGGCGUACGAGUCGGUGUACGAUGAUGCAGAGCAGGGACUUAAAGACAAGUCCGUGGAAGUGAUUCAUGGAAGCCUACUCACGAUUUUAAAACUGUUACGACACUCCAAGACGUUCAUGCGUACACGGCUGCAUCGCACAUGUGAGUUGAUUUUGCGGCUGCACAAGCAUCGUGAUCCAUUGAUCAAGCGCACAGUUACCAACCUGAUUCCUGUGCUGGCCGCGUACGAUCCACAGUUUUACGCGGAAGAGUACCUCGGUCCCGUGAUGGCGACGCUGCUGGAGCAGCUCCGUCGCGAGCGGGAGAGGCCGAACAAGGAAGCGUGUACGGAUACACUGGAAGCCAUUGGUCUUGUCGCUAUGGCGAUGGGGGAUCGAAUGCAGCCGUACGUGGAAGAGAUUAUGGUAUGUGUGCGUGAGUGUCUGCAGAUGCGCGGCCGCAAGAAUGCGCCGCCGGAAGGCCCUGUGUUUUUCUGUAUCGGCCACCUUGCCAUGGCGGUGGGAGCGCGCGUCGAGCGCGAAGUCCAUGAUUUGCUUGAUAUGAUGUUUUCGUGUGGUCUUAGUGCGCCGCUGGUCUCGGCCUUAGAGCAGAUUGUCGUGGCGAUUCCUACGUUGCUACCGAUUGUCCAAGAUCGGCUUCUGAAUAUGCUUUCGUACUUGCUCAUUGGUGUGCCGUAUCGGCCGCUGGGCGCGCCGCCAGCGCGCCGAGGAGGCACCUUGCCGCCGGUGCUGCAUGUAUCGCCGGACGCCAAAACGAUCGAGACGCUGACGAUUGCGCUGCAGACACUGGGCAGCUUUGAUUUUUCAGGGCACAUUCUCAACGAGUUUGUGCGAAACUGUACGCUGCCGUACCUGGAAUUGGAUGCCAAGGAUGUGCGCAAAGCGGCGGCAUUGACGUGUGCGCGGAUCUUUGUGAACGAUCCCAUCUGCUAUCAGACGUCGAUGCAUGCGCUGGAAGUGUUCAACGAUGUGUUGGACAAGCUCAUUACUGUGGGUGUGGCGGAUCCCGACGCGGAACUGCGCUUGACUGUGCUCAGUGCGCUGGACGAGCACUUUGAUCGGCAUCUCGCCCAGACCGAGUACAUCCGCUCGAUCUUUAUUGCGCUCAACGACGAAGAAUUCGCCGUGCGUGAAGUGGCUAUUGGGAUCCUGGGCCGAUUAGCGAAGCACAACCCAGCGUAUGUCAUGCCGUCGUUGCGCAAAGUGCUGAUUCAGCUGCUCACGGGUCUUGAGUAUGCCACGGUGGCGCGGCACAAAGAAGAAGCGGCGCGGCUGCUUACGGGUGUCGUGAAGGCAUUGCAAGGGCUGGUCAAGAGCUAUGCCCUGACUAUGCUGCAGGUGCUGCUCUCCAAAGCGAACGAUGCCAAUGCCAAUGUGGCUGCGCGUGUCAUGGAAUGCCUCGGUGAGCUUGCGCGUGUUGGUGGCGAAGAGCUUGCGCCGCUGGUCGACGAGCUGGUCUCGCUGACUGUCACGCAGCUGGCCUCGGGGCCUGUGCAUACCAGCAUGGCGAAGCGCGAUGCGGCGCUCAAGACGCUGGGCCGCAUUGCCUCGAAUAUUAGUCACGUGGGCAAUCCGUACCUGCAGUACCCCACGCUGCUGGGCGCCUUGGUGAAGAUCCUCAAGACGGAGCAGGCGCCGAAUGUGCGCCGCGAGACGAUUCGUGUGCUGGGCAUUCUCGGCGCGUUGGAUCCGUACCGCCACAAACUUUUGGAGAACCGGUUGGAGCCUGUGUCCACGGGGCAGGCGCCGCAGACAGACUUGUUUGAGCUGGCGACCAUGAUCGGCACGUCGACCGACGAGUACUACCAGAAUGUCGCGAUCGAGUCGCUGAUUACGAUCCUGCGCGAUGCCUCGCUCUCAGUGCACCACCACGCGGUGAUCGAGGCGAUUAUGUACAUGUUCAAGACACAGGGCCUCAAGUGUGUCGCAUUCCUCCCGCAAAUUGUCCCGGCGUUCUUGCAUGUGAUUCGCACGUGUGCGGGCGGUGGCUUGAGCGAGUUUUACUACCAGCAGCUGGCGAUUCUGAUCUCGAUCAUCAAGCAGCACGUUCGCAACUACUUGCAUGACAUUUUCGCGCUCGUGCAGAGCGACUGGAAUCCCAACUCGUCGAUCCAGCUGACAAUUGUCUCACUGAUGGAAUCCGUUGCUCGUGCGCUCGAAGGUGAAUUCAAGGCGUACCUUCCGCUGCUUCUCCCGAACCUCUUGCAGACGCUCGAGGGGGAGAUUACGCCGAAACGGCUGCCUACGCUGCUGCGUAUGCUGCAAGCGUUCUACGUGUUUGGCGCGAACUUGGACGAGCAUAUGCACCUGGUCCUUCCUGUGUUGGUCGGUCUCUUUGAGCGUGCUGAUGCGCCGAUCCCCCUGCGCCGCGCGGCGAUUGUCGCUGUCGGCCAGCUCUCGCGCAAAGUCGACUUGGCUGAUCAUGCGUCUCGCAUUAUCCAUCCGCUUAUCCGCGUGUUGCAGAGUGGGCAUGUGGAGCUUCGUACGCCGGCGCUGGACACACUCACGGCGUUGGUCUUUGUGUUGGGGCCGGUGUACAUGGCGUUUGUCGCGAUUGUGAACAAGACGCUGGUGCAGCAGCGUAUUCAGCAUGCGCGGUACCAGCAGGUGGUGCAAAAGCUGCUGGAAGGCGAGGCGCUCCCACUGGAGCUAUUGCCGCCAGACACACUGGCGCUGGACAAGGGCGACGAAGGCCCACUGGCAGAGGCGUCGAAGAUGGCCGUGCACCAAGCGCACUUGAAGGCGGCGUGGGAUACGUCGCGCAUUUCGACGGCGCAAGAUUGGCACGAGUGGCUCCGUCGCAUUGCCAUUGAGAUGCUGCGUGAGUCGCCAUCGCAUGCGUUGCGGGCGUGCCGUAGCCUCGCGGAAGUGUACCAACCGCUGGCCCUCGAGCUGUUUAACGCGGCGUUUGUCUCGUGCUGGGUCGAGCUGUACGAGUCGUACCAGGAGAGCCUUGUACGUGCGAUUGAGACGGCGCUGGAUGCGAGUGAGAUACCUGACCAGGUCGUCCAUGUGCUGCUCAACCUGGCCGAGUUUAUGGAGCAUGACGACAAGACGCUGAUGAUCAGUGUGCGUCUGCUGGGUGAUCGCGCGUACAAGUUCCACAUGUAUGCGAAGGCAUUGCACUACAAGGAGGCGGAGUUUAUGGCCGAGCCUUCGCCGCAGAUUGUCGAGCUGCUGAUCGAUAUCAAUACGAAACUCCAGCAGGGCGACGCGGCGUUCGGUGCGCUGACGUACGCACGUGAGCACAUGGCGAUCACGCACCAUGAAGAAUGGUACGAAAAGCUGCAUCGAUGGGAAGAGGCGCUGGGGGCGUAUGAGCGCCGCGCCGAGGAGCAGCCGGAUGCGCAGGACAUUGUGUUUGGCAAGAUGCGGUGCUUGCAUGCGCUGGGCGAGUGGGAGCAUCUCACAGAGCUCGUCCAGGCCAAGUGGCCUACGGCCUCGGCGGAUGGGCGACGGCAGAUGGCGCCUCUCGCUGCGGCGGCGGCCUGGUCGUUUGGGCAGUGGGAUAUGAUGGACGAGUUUAUUGCAGCCAUGCGUCCUGACUCGUCGGAACGUUCGUUCUACCGCUCGGUGCUCGCCGUGCAUCGCUCUCAGCGGCACCAGACCAAGCGCUUGAUUGCCCGAGCGCGUGACUCGCUCGAUACCGAGCUCACGGCGCUGAUCAGCGAGAGCUACGGACGUGCGUACGAUCUGAUGGUGCGUACGCAAAUGCUCUCCGAGCUGGAAGAAGCGCUUGCGUACAAACUCGACUAUGCUGAUCAGCCCGACCGCCAAGCGACGAUGCGCUCCAUCUGGAUGAAACGACUCCAAGGCUGUGAGUUGGAUGUGGAGGUGUGGCAGCGCAUUUUGAGUGUGCGCAGCAUUGUCCUGACGCCGGUGGACGAUAUGGACACAUGGAUCAAGUUUGCGAACUUGUGCCGCAAAUCCGGCCGCAUGGUGCUUGCGGAGAAGACGCUCAACUCGCUGCUGGGCCCAGAUGCUCAUGCGAUGGAGACGCCGCUGAGUGGGCCGAAAGCGCCGCCUGCGGUGAUUUACUCGCACCUGAAGUUCAUGUGGGCCUGUGGUGCACGCGCCGAGAGUCUGAGCUACCUACGUGAAUUCACCGCGAACCUCGCGGAGGAUCUAGGCAUGGCCACCGCCGAUGCACAGGACAAUCUCGUGCUGCCGGACAUGCGUGCGUCGCCUCGUUUGAGCGAGUUUGCCAAGCUGCUGGCCCGCUGCUACUUCAAGCUGGGUGAGUGGCAGGUCGCAAUGAACGAAGAGUGGGUGGCUGACGACACGUACGAUGUCAUUCGCUCGUACAAACGCGCGACGGAGCUCGACCACGAUUGGUACAAGGCAUGGCACGCAUGGGCAUUGGCCAACUUUGACGUCAUUACUCACCAUGAACGCCACGGCGUCGCGAUUCCGUUCCACGAAGUGGCGGCCAGUAUCGUGCCGAGUGUCCAUGGCUUCUUCCGCUCGAUUUCUUUGGCCAGUGGCAACUCGUUGCAGGACACGCUGCGUCUGCUUACGCUAUGGUUCAAGUUCGGGCAUCUCGAGCAUGUGAGCGACGCGGUACGUCAAGGGUUCAGUACCGUGUCUGUGGAUACGUGGCUCGAAGUGAUUCCGCAGAUGAUUGCGCGCAUUAGUGCGCCAUCGCCGCGUGUACGUCGCCUGAUCCAUCAUCUGCUGUCGGAUGUCGGUGCGACGCAUCCGCAAGCGUUGGUGUUCUCGCUUACGGUGGCGACCAAGUCGCCGUCGUCCGUACGUCGGCAGGCGGCGAUGGGUAUCAUGGACACGAUGCGGGAGCACAGCCCGGUGCUGGUCGAGCAGGCGCUGCUCAUCAGCAACGAGCUGAUCCGUAUUGCGAUUCUCUGGCACGAAAUGUGGCAUGAAGGUCUAGAGGAAGCAUCGCGCCUCUACUUUACCGAGCACAACAUCGAAGGGAUGUUUGCGACGCUGGGACCGCUGCAUGAGCUGUUGGAAAAGGGCCCCGAGACGUUGCGGGAGAUCUCGUUUGCGCAGACGCACGGCCGAGACUUGAACGAGGCGCGGGAGUACGUCCGCCGCUACCGCCAGUACGGCGAGAUCAGCGACUUGAAUCAGGCAUGGGACUUGUACUACCAUGUCUUCAAGCGCAUCACGAAGCAGCUGCCCGCCUCGAACUCGGUCCAGCUGGCCUUGCAGUACGUCUCUCCGAAACUGCUAGCGCUGCGUGACUUGGAGCUGGCGGUGCCGGGCACGUACAUGAGCGGCCAGCCGAUUGUGCGCAUCAUGCAAUUUGAGCCGGUGGUGCUGGUCAUUUCGUCCAAGCAGCGUCCACGCCGUCUGAAGAUCAAGGGCAGCGAUGGACGUACGUACCAGUACCUGCUGAAAGGGCACGAGGAUAUGCGGCAGGACGAGCGUGUGAUGCAGUUGUUUGGGCUCGUAAACACGCUGCUCUCAAUCGAUACCGAGUCGUACAAACGCCGCCUAAGUCUGCGUCGAUUCCCUGUGAUCCCCCUGUCGCCCAACACCGGUAUGCUUGGAUGGGUCGCGAAUAGCGAUACCCUGCAUAUCCUGAUCAAGGAGUACCGUGAGCAGCACAAGAUCUUGCUCAACAUCGAGCACCGUCUCAUGCUGCAGAUGGCGCCGGACUAUGACAACCUCACAGUGAUGCAGAAAGUGGAGGUGUUCCAGUACGCGCUGGACAAUACGCCGGGCCAGGACCUGUAUCGCGUGCUGUGGCUCAAGUCGCGAUCCUCGGAAGCGUGGCUCGAGCGACGCACGGCGUAUAUGCGCUCGCUAGCGACGUCGUCUGUCGCAGGGUACAUUCUUGGUUUGGGCGAUCGACACCCAUCGAACCUGCUGCUGGACCGCAAGACGGGCGAAAUCAUCCACAUUGACUUUGGCGACUGCUUCGAAAUCGCAUGCCACCGGCCCAAGUACCCUGAAAAGGUGCCUUUCCGACUGACCCGUAUGUUGAUCAAGGCCAUGGAGAUUGGCGGGAUCCAGGGCACGUUCAAAGUCACAGCGGAGAACACGAUGCGUGUCCUGCGCGACAACCGCGAGAGUGUGCUAGCCUUGCUUGAAGCGUUUGUCCACGAUCCCCUGAUUUCCUGGCGUCUUGUGACGGAUGCGGAUGCCGAGCAGCGUGCACCUGAUACCCUUGAAUACGAGCACGAAGGCGCUGUGGAGAUCCGUGGUGUCGAAGGCGAAGCACGCAACCAACGUGCGCUGGAAGUCGUUCGCCGCAUCCAAAACAAGCUGACAGGCCGCGAUUUCAACCCGAAUCAGACACUCUCUGUGCCAGAACAGGUCGAUCGCUUGGUCCAAGAUGCUACGGCGAUUGAGAAUCUGUGUGUCGCCUUCAUUGGCUGGUGCGCCUUUUGGUAG